GCGCUGCUGCUGGGGUCGUCUUUGGCGGCGGCGGCGGCGAGAGGGCGGAGGAGGAUGCUGCGCGCCGCCUCGUUCCCAUCCUCGUCGAGCCCCGAGCGGGGGCGGCUCCGCGGCUGGAUGGAGGGCACGCUGGCCGGGCUGUGCGAGCUGGCGCUGCUCCGGGAGAGGCAGGAGAGGAGGGUCCGGCAGGCGCUGCGGAUGCGCCCCGGGAAGAAGCCUGGCCGGGAACGCGCACGAGACCCCGCCGGCGCCGAGGAGCAGCAGCCCCGGGAGGACGAGGAGGAGGACGAGGAGGAGCAGGCGGACAUCCUCCCAGGCUUGAUGUGGGAACUGGAGCAACAGUUGGGUUUAUUGCGUCUGAAUCCGGAGAAGGCGCCUGGAGAGGCGGCAGAGACGGACAGCUGGCCCAGUUCAGGGUCCUACUCCCGGAUCAUCGGCCGCCCGGAGUCCCGCCUCGGCUUUGCCAAUGAGCGUCCCAAGUCCGUAGGCGACGUGGCAAACAGCAGCAAAGAUGGCACCAGCCGAGGCACCGUGCCACGUUCCUUCUCGGCCCCGUACUCCACCUCCCAGGACUACCCGGAAGACUCCAUGUCAGGCCGCUACCCGCCGGACCCGUUCCUGUACCCGAGCCCCCUCCACGCGGUGGCCCUGCAGAACUCCUUGCUCCGGAGCCACCUCUACGAAGACUCCGCUUUCGCCUCGGCAGCCUCCCAAGCCUUGGCGUACCCUUCUGACCAAGAGGGCUAUGCUGACGACUUCCCCUUCUACGAAGAGGCGGCUUCCCACUGCCACAAAGUGGAGAGCUACAUCUCGCGCCUCAUCCGCCGACGCAGCCAGCUCGUCCGGGGCAGCAAACCGCGCACGAGUUUGGGCUCGGAGUCCAACGUGGUCCGGCAGAAUAGUCUCUGCAAGAGGCCUUUGGAGUUGUUACCACCGCCGCAAAGCGAACGUAAGCACCCGCCGUCCGUGGAAAGAGGGAGCAGCACACCAUCGCCUUGUGGACACGAAGGAGGGACGUCUGCGGCUGCACGAAUCUGGUCGUCGUGGGAUGCUGCUGCGGAGAGGACACUAUCUGCUAAAGUUGUUGAUGAUUAUAGCCCUCCACCUCCAUCCAGCCUCAAAAAAGCCCCCAAGCUCCAAGCUCUGGCCCACAUGCGGUCACCCUCGGCAGAUCAGUACGAGGCGUAUCCGUCAUCCCCUUUGCCAGAUAGAGAAGCCGCCAACGUGCAGGACUCGUACGAUGCCGAGGAAGGAGCCUGCUUGAUGGUGAAGGCCCAGUAUAUCCCAGCACAGCAGCCCUCCAGGGUCCAGCAGGCCCACCACCGUCCAGGCAAAAAGAAGCCCCCUCCGCUCACAAAGGGACGCUCAGUGGAACUGUCCCCGGAAAGGGUUCCUCUGUUGCCAAGGGAGCGUUCGCGAGUUACCGGACCCCCGAAGAAGUGCCGCUUCACCGAAGAUGGAAGUGGCGACGUUCGGAAAGCAUCUGGGAGAAAAAGCUCACCCCGUUCUCGGAAAGCCGCUCGAUCCCAGUCGGAGAACAGCCUCCUGAACAAACCGGGGGUCAAGUACGGGACGGCCGAACGCCACGAGGAAGCGGCGGCGAAACCGUCCCGACAACGCCGUCCUCACAUCGGCAACACGGCGAGCGGCUGCCGUAAAUGGCGCUCGACGGCAGAGAUUUGCCAAGAAGAGUUGUCUCCAGGAAACGUGGCGGAGGCAAGUCAUGUUCCACGGGGAAUGACGCCAAUCGGGUACGCUUACAACACCGGGAGUGACUCCGAGUGUCCGCCCGAACCGCCUCGGCAAGCCCCGACGUGCCGCAUGGAAGAAGGCUUAGUCUACGGAGACAGCGAGUCCAGCGUCAGUGACGGGGACUCACCACCCGCUUACAGCAGUGGGGCCUCCAGCGACACGGAUGAGAGUGGUGGCCUGGUGUGGCCCCAGCAGCUCUCCCCGCAACUCGUGUCGGCUUCCGGGCCGGGGAAGACGGUCGGCGGGCAGCCCAAGGUCUUCGUCAAGAUCAAGGCCUCCCACGCUCUCAAGAAGAAGAUCAUGCGUUUCCGGUCUGGGUCCCUCAAAGUCAUGACCACAGUGUAAGGGGAGUCCCAGUGGCCAUUCGCAUCUACAUCCCUUCUUUUGUGGCUGAAAGUUUCCCCCCGCAAAUGUUAUCCCCUGCAUUCCCUUCCCAGCAUUAACCCCACAGACCAGUGGUUGCCAGUCUUUGGUCCUCCAGGAUCCUCAAUCGUUGGCCAAGGCAUAUGAGGCUUUUGAUGGAUAAAGUCCAAAAUUCCUGGACGACUACAGUUUGGGAAUCAAGUAGUUUCCAACAUUUAAUCUUCCACUUGUUUGGGGCCCCACGGACCAGUGGCUGCCAGUCUUUGGUCCUCCAGAAUCCCCAAUCAUUAGAAGCGGAGGCUUCUGGGAGUUGAAGUCCAAAACACUUGGAGGACUAGAUCUUGGGAAUCAACUCAUAGUGGUUGCCAAACUUUAGUCUUCCAGGUCUUUGAAAUCCCAGAAGUCCCAUCCAUCUUGUCCAAUUGUAGGGAAUUCUGGGAACUGUAGUCCCAAACAUCUUAGAGGACCAAAGCUUAGUCUGAUCAGCUUCACUGCCCUUGACAAGAGCCGGGGAUGUUGGGUAUCCUAGUCCUUGUCUCCCCAGCUGCACGAAAAAUGUGUCUUUCUUGUUCAUCCUGGGUUUUUUUGGACUCUGACUUCCAGAAUCCCCCUUCUACCAGCAAUUCUGAGAGGGUUCCGGAAAAAAAAGUUGCAAACUUUUCUUUUCCAUGCUUCUUUUUAAUGGAGAGGUUAUUUAUUAUGGGUUUUUGUACAGCCAACUUCUAAGGAGCCCACCUUUUUGGGUAUCAACGCUCCGGACCCAGAAUCCAAUCCAUGCCGUCGGUCUUGUAGUUUGAUACGGAUGUUCCUUCUUCUGUGUUUGUAAAUAAAAUUGGGUGUUUUUUUC